UCUCUCCCGAAUUGCUGAUUUUCUGAAAUUCGAUCGAACUGCUUUUCUGAAAACGGGGUCGAUUAGAUCGACGGUCCAGAGCCAUGAGAUUAUAUUACUCCGGAUGACUCCGAAAGAAUCUCUCUUUGGUCGCGGGGACACUGCUGAAUUUCCCUGGCUGGGACACAGGUCAUCCGGAAAUUAUAUUACUCCAGAUGGACCUGUUAUUUCCCACUCUCUGUCCCUGGCUGGCAGGCUCCACUAUCAGUUGCAGCCUUUUUUCUCUCCUACGGAUGGACCAGAGAGCUCAGUCUCUCUGAAAUGAAUCUCGCUUUCUCUCUCUAACUUCGAGGUCUCGAAACCCUAGAAGAUUCACUCUUUUUUUUUUUUUUUUCCUUUCACAUUCCGUUCAAUCCGAUUUAGCUCGGUGUUCUCUCUCAUUCAUUCCCACUGUCGUUUGAAAUUCUAGCAGGUUAUGCACAUGUCUGUCGAAUUCUCUCUGUUUCCCUGUUUAUUCUCUGGCAAAAAGCUACAUUUUCUCCGUUUUCACACAUGCAUCGAAGAAUGAAUGAGUUUCAAAAGCACAUUGUGUGACUUGUUUGUUUCCCUGGAAAAGCCAUUUUUAAGUGGAUUUUCUCAACCCAUUUAAGUGUUUAACAGCAAAAAAGUAGCUCUUUCUUUCCUUACUUCCGAUAAUUUUGUUACUUUUCUCCCUCUUUUUUGAGUGAUCAAGACUUUUAAUGCUUCAUCACUUAUGGGUGGUAUGCUUGAUGGAGCAAGAACGGUUGUUAGUCACUUAGCUAUAGGAACAAGAAAAAUGAUCUCUCUCUCUCUCUCUCUCUCUCUGUCUGUUGACGAACGUUUUCACUAUUCUGCUUCUACGAGUCCCUUUUUAGUUGGAUUUAUUGGUAGUUGUUGUCUCUUUCUUUGAGAUUCAAGUGUUACAUCACUAAAAAAUAUCGGCUUUUAUUUUGGAGAUUCUUAGUACCAUCAAUUUGCAUCAUUUACCAUCUUCCCUAAAAUCUUUUCAAAUUUUGGUCUUGUUGCUUUCUCUUCUUAAUUGGGUGGAGGGCUUGUUAGUUCUGGAGUUUUAAUCUUGAAGAUAGAUUUGUAGAUUAUUCUCUGUCUCAGAUAAUAAUUAGUUAUUGUUGUGCCAAUUUACUUUUUCUAAUUUUGAGGAUCGUAAUCUGUUUACCUGUUCAUUUUUUCAUUCCUUAGCUGGUGAUUAAUUUGGAUUUUUCACUUAAAAAUAUUUUUGCUUAACCCAUUGUUUCUUAUUAAAAAAAGCUGCUUAAUACAUGAUCCAGGCUAUUCAUCGCGAGGGUGCUAAACUAGUCUACUGUACGAUCGCGCAUGGUCAAAAUAAUUUAUAAUAAAGCUACUGGGAUUCUUGACCUGAUUGUGGAGACUUUGUUAUCUGGGGUCGAACAGUUGGUUGAGUUUCUUAAGAUUCAUGGCUUUUGAUCCAGGGGACUCGUCCCAUAAUCAAGUCUCACACGACAGCAGUUACAGUAUGAUAACUGUGUGGCAAUGUGACUUUUAUGCUGGUUAUGGAUAUGAUGUGAUAGAAGAAGAUGCUUUAAAUGAGAAAUCUUGUAUUCAAGUUCUAAGGAUGUUGGUAACAAGGGCAGACACUGAAAUUGAUGAACUUGAGCAAGAUCUUGUGUUACUUCAAUGUGAACUAGCCUCUGCUGAGCACGAAGAAUGGUCUGAACUAUGUUGUAAUGCUUUGAGAGAAAAGAUUAAUUGCCUUGAUAUUUCAUUAGGGAGUUUGAGGAAUGCUGAUGAGAGUGAUAUUGAGGUUCAGUUGCUAAUGGAUAUAGAACCCGCUGAGAGAGUACAUGAAAUAGUGAGGGCUCUACUCAGAAAUUAUUUUCCAGAAAAUAAUGAGCAGGUUGUUUGUUACUUCCAUGCUGAACAGCCUCUGCAUGCUAUUGCCUUGGACUCCAGCUCAAAUAUUACAGAACAUGCCGCUUACCUAUUGGAUGAGAAUGAGAUGUUUAGCAUCAUUGAUUCAAAUAUCAGCGUAAAGGAGGAAACCAAGGAAUCCAGUAUUACUGAAACAUGCACUGGCUCGAAUUUGUCUUUGAAACUUCAAGAGAAGAAAACAAAUGAUCCAGAGAUAAUUAAGCCUGAAAAUACCAAGGCCAAAGAUUCCAAUGUUGAUUCUUUAAGACUUGCAGCUGACCACCACAACGGGAAGCAAAUGUUGGAGGAGAAUGAUGUAAGAAGUUCUCAGAAGGGGGAGGCCAAUGAACACUCUUCCACUCCCGAAACCACAGCUAGUCAAGAUUUGUCUUUGAAGCCUGAAAUGAAGAGGAAAUAUAACCCUGAAAUGAUUAAGCCAGCAGACACUAAAAUGAAAAAUUCAUGUAAAGAUGCUUUGCCACUUGUGAUUGGCCAAUCCAUUGAGAAAAUUUUGGGUGACUCUGAUCUGAAAACAAGUGAGGAGAUUGAAGAACACAAUUCCUCUCCAAUGGUGGGUGAUUUUAUUUUGGGCUCAUCAUCCAAGCUUGAGGGAAAUAGAACAGAUCAUGGUAAAGAGGUCAAGCCUGCAAAAACUAUCGAGAAAGGUUCCAGCUCUGAUGCUAUCAGGAAUGCAGCUGGCUUCUCCCCUGGCAAAUUUGAGUUGAAUGUAGGUGGAAACCUGGAAGUUAGAGAAGACAAUUCUAAUGCUAUGCACAAAAGCAAAAUAUUAAAUUCAUCUUCAAAUCCUGAAAGCAAGGGAGGAAAUCUUCCAAAAACAGCUAAGCCUGCAAAUGCCUUCGGUAAAAGCAGUAGUGCUGAGGCACUGAGGCCGGCUACUGGCCUCAAUAGAAGGAAAAAAGGCUUCAGUUCUGAAUCAGGUGCUUUCAGACAGGCAGAAAGUGCAAAGCCUGAUUUAGAGCUAAAACUAAGUGAAUUUGCUGUGACAAUUGCACGCAGAGAGUGCAUCAAAGGGUUAAAGAAUGCUCCAACUGACAAGAUUGAGUCUCCAGAUUCAACUUCGAGGACAGAAUGCGAGAGGAAAACUCCACAAAGAGUGAUGGUACAAGAAACUGGAUUUAUUAAAACUGGAGAUCCAUCAACUUCACUUUUAGAUUUGAAAGAUCAAAUGGGACAAGAAACAACCAAGCUGCAGCUGAUGGAGAGGAACUCACUAGCGGGAGAUGUUCCUAAGGCAGAAGCUAGUGAUGGCAAGAAGUCAAUUUUGAAUUUAUCUUUGAAGCUACCAAAGCAGAAGGAAGAGAGGAAGAUUGGGUCAGAUACACCACAGGUCCAAGAACGAACUUUCCCUGCAAUUGGAGUUUUUUCAAAUUCUUCUAUCGCAAGAUCCAAGAGCAAACAAAAAUUUGGAGUCAGCACCAAUGACCAUUCUUUGAAUGUGGAGGCUGCAAAGAGAUUAGGUCAGCGAGGCCAGUACGAAGCUGAAGAGAACAGUGUUACUCGUGUUGACCGCAAAAGUUCAGUUUUAGUGUCUCAGAGGAAAGGAAAGAGAACUUCAAAAUUGCCAAUCACGGUAAAGAUCAAAGAUUCAACUCAUGUUAAUAUGGACCUCUUAAAUUUGCCCGAUAAUGCAACUGACAAUGGAAGUAAGGAAAAUCUUCAGAUCAUCAAGUCCUACUCUGAUGAUUCCCAUACUAAGGCUUUGGUUCCGCUGCCUUAUAAAGUUCUGAACUUGAAGGAUUUGACAUUAAUUGACCUGAGAGCCAUUGCAAAGGAAAACAAAUUGACAAAAUAUCAUAAGCUUCGGAAACAUGUGCUGCUUGAACUAUUAGCAGACCGACUGGGAUGUUGCUGAAUAUACAAGCGGGUGUACAUAUUUUCUUGUUCUAUUGUUUUCUUACAUAUACAUACAGUUGGGGAUGGUCGGAUGUCUCACGGAUCUUGAAUGGAUCCAUUGUUCUACAUAACGAGCACUCAAGACAAGGUUAUAAGAAAAAAGGAAGGGAAGAAUAGAAAGGAAGGACUAAGAAAUUUCAAGAAAUUUCUGUUUCAUAUCUUACCAUCAUUUUAGUUCUGAUAAUGAUGACCAUAUAUUUCAUCUGUACUCAUAGGAUGUCAAUAUCAGAUUGCUAUCAAUCUUUUUGCAGAAUUGCCA